CCCCUUCCUGGACGGGGCGCAGCGUCAAUCGCUUCUAGCAAUGCUUUCGCCCGUACGUUGUGCCUACGAAAGUGUUAACAGACCAACGGCGGCAGAUUCGGAUAGGGCUGCGGACUGGUAACUAAGGUAAGUGAUCAGCCAGGCUACAGAGGGGACACCGGCCAGCAGCUGAUCGCACACUCACUCGCCUAUUGAUCUAUCUUCCACCAUGAUGGGGCAGCCGGAUGAUCCUUCCCUGGAAAGGCAUUUUAAGGGCCACAGAGAUACAGUCACCAGUGUGGAUUUUAAUCCAAACAUGAAGCAACUUGCAAGUGGUUCUAUGGAUUCCUGUUUGAUGAUCUGGAACAUGAAACCUCAGAUGCGGGCGUAUCGCUUCGUUGGCCAUAAAGAUGCCAUCCUGUCCGUGGAGUUCUCACCUUCAGGGCACCUCGUAGCCUCUGCAUCCCGAGAUAAAACUGUCCGUUUGUGGGUUCCUAGUGUAAAAGGAGAAUCCACGGUGUUCAAAGCCCACACAGGAACCGUCCGAAGUGUUAGUUUCUCCAGCGAUGGCCAAUCCUUGGUUACUGCUUCUGAUGACAAAACGGUGAAAGUGUGGACUGUCCACAGACAAAAGUUUCUGUUCUCUCUGAACCAGCAUAUAAACUGGGUGCGCUGUGCCAAGUUUUCUCCAGAUGGAAGGCUCAUCGUGUCCGCAAGUGAUGACAAGACCAUAAAACUGUGGGACAAAACCAGCAGGGAGUGCAUACAUUCUUUCUGCGAACAUGGAGGGUUUGUGAAUUAUGUUGAUUUUCAUCCGAGUGGUACCUGCAUAGCUGCUGCGGCAACAGACAACACCGUGAAGGUGUGGGAUAUUCGGAUGAAUAAAUUGAUCCAGCAUUACCAAGUGCACAGCGGAGUGGUAAACUCCUUAUCCUUUCAUCCAUCUGGAAACUACCUCAUCACCUCUUCAAAUGACUCAACCCUUAAGAUUCUUGAUUUACUGGAGGGUCGAUUACUAUAUACACUUCACGGCCAUCAGGGUGCAGUUAGUUGUGUCAAGUUUUCAAGAGAAGGAGACUUUUUUGCCUCUGGCGGGUCGGACGAACAAGUAAUGGUUUGGAAAACCAAUUUUGAUUCAACCAGCUAUACAGACCUUCUCAGCCACAAGCAACACAAUAUAUUUGUCAGCGGAUCAGAUAGCAAACCAGUGGGUCAGCUGAAAGAAGCUCGUCAAUCGAUCACAAAUGAACACAUAUGUGAGUCUGCUGACCUAAGGUCUCUAGACACUCAUUCCAUCGUUGAAGAAAGAGGUCCAUUACAAGGUGCUACUACGUCCUAUGCCCCCGAGUACCAGAAAAACUCAGGAGAUGCGGGUAAUCUCCACAACAUUACAAACACCCUGGAACAUAUUGUUGGACAACUAGAUAUCCUAACCCAGACUGUAGCCGUUUUGGAACAGCGACUUUCCCUAACAGAAGACAAAGUAAAGGAAUGCAUUGAGAAGCAGCAGGUUGCUUUUUCCCAGAGCCACAGGGAUUCAAAGAAGCUGUAGUUGAAUUGUGGAAAAGUUACUGUAUAUUUAUAAAUUUUGUAUUUUAAUAAAAUUUUAAUGUUUUGUCUAAAAA